GCGCCUGUAAAUGUUAAAGAGUUGAAAAAAGUUACUGCUGAAACUGUAUAAAAUAUUUCAAAUAACGAAAAUGAUAUAUGAUUUGUGCGUGUAAAUUGAAAAAAAAAAGCGAAGCGUUUGAUUCAAGAUGUGGACAUAUAAAGUGAUUAAGUUUUAUUGAAUCCGUUCACCCCCCGGCACAACGUUAACGGAAGAUAUGACGGUUUGCGGUGAACACGGUACGUUUGGCUAGAUAUUACUAAUAUUUUUAUAACAUUUCAUGAAGUCAGAAAUUAUUUUUAAAGUAAAACUUUUCGGAUGUGUUUUUCGAGAAAGAGCAGGUCUCUUUCUAAAUACAAAUAAAAUAUAAAGAAAAAAAAAACUGUUACGUACAUUACGUGUUGAAACUAGAUGUAUUGUUUCGAAAAUACUGCCUGAAUCAGUAGAAAGAAAAUGGCAAGAAAUCACAGUGCCUGGAUUACAACAUGUAUUAAUGUGGUGCUUGUUGUGACUUUGACACAAAUACUAAAUAUCAGCGGAAUAAAUUCACAGAAUAUUGACACUCCUACUGGACCCUUAAUUCACAACGUAAAGGAGCCACCGGAUUUACAAAACAAAUUAAAUAAACAGACGACAUUUCAAAAUUUACAAAGCAGAAAUUCGGGAAGUAAAGAACUGCGUCAAAAUCAAAGACCAAUGAAUUUUUUGUGCAACAGACGACUUCCAACAUUUAUGUCUCGGAGAAAUAUUCCACCGCAAACGACAAAGAGUCCAUUUACUGUAACAGCUAUACCGGAAGUGUCUGAAAAUAACACAUUUUUAUAUGUGAAAUUAAAUUCACAAGAUGAUAAAACAUUUCGAGGGUUUAUGAUACAAGUACUGUCGUCUGGUACUGAGACAGGCGGCACGGUUCUGGGCGAGUUCAUUUCUACACCAAACGUUAACUUACAAACAUGUUAUUCUAACGGUGACACCGUGACGUCUGCAGACAGGAAAGAUAUGGGUUCCACUACUGUCGUAUGGAAAGCACCUUCAGGUCUGAAAGAUAAUGUUAUUGUUAGGGCAACAAUAGUCGAGAAUUCUAGGAAUUACUGGGUGGACAUUACGUCGGAAGAGAUUAUGUUUGAAGACAUUGGUAGCUCUACGGACGCAGCAGAAAAUGACACAGUGGACACCGUUAAAAUUCCAAACAAUUUAGAUCACAAGGAUUCCAACGAUUUAGAAAAAUCAAUUUCUGAAACGUUUGAAGGAUUUAAUGGACCAUUUGAAUCAGCUGAUGAAGUUUUACUACAUCAGGGAAUUAGGGAGGUGGACAAGGUUGGUGGAAAUAGCGGCAGAACAUCUGAAGUAAAUGAUGAACCGGGAGUUAUUAUCUCAGCGCCUAAGUUUGACGAAGCUCCUAUGGCACCCUUACCACCACCUAGAUAUAUUUAUAGAACUAUGAAUCAGUUUGCCCCAAAUUUUGAACCGCCUACAACUGCAGAGUUUGUUGGUCAGUUGUUGCAAGGUAUGCUCAGCGGGAACAAUAGACAACCUGCCCCGAGAGCUGUUGCUGGAGGAGGCAGUGGUGGUGGACUUGGAUCCAUGAUGAAUAUGAUGGGGAUGGCUUCGAAAAUGUUUGGCGGCGGUGGCGGUGGUGGCGGUGGCGGAGGAGGAGGGGGUUUGAUGAGCUCGCUUGGAACAAUAAGUAAACUGAGUGGAAUGUUAGGAGGUGGGAAUAGAGGAUCAAGCGGAGGUGGUUUAGGAGGAUUGGGUGCUCUUUCUUCUAUGCUUGGGGGUGGAGGAGGAAGUCCUCUCGGGGCUAUGCUUGGUGGUGGAGGAGGUGGUGGCAACGCUGUCGCGCCACCACCAAACAGAGGUGGAGGAUUGGGAGGAUUAGGAGCACUUAGCUCUUUACUUGGUGGUUUGGGAAAUAAGAACAACAACGCACCGCCUCAAGGAAAUGUUGCUCCAAUGCCGGAAGGCGCACCGGUUAAUGUUAACCCAAAUAGUGAACCAUCAUUAGCAGAUCUGUUAGGAGUUGAUCCAUCUAUAGCCAUAGACAAUACACCGACUGUUGUUCCGGCAGAAGCGAAUCCUCUAGGAGGAAUUUCGGCUGCCAAAGCAGGCGGCGGAAUGUUGUCCAAAAUAGGAGGCUUCGCACCCAUGUUAGCAAUGGCUCCAAUAGCCUUGAACAUGUUUGGGGGUAAAAAGAAGAAACAGCAACAGCAGAUGCCGUUUGGUAUGCCUGGUGGAAUGCCUGGAGGACCACCGGGACAAUUCGGAAUGCCCGGUGGGAGACCAGGACAGUUUGGAAUGCCCCCAGGACAACAAGGUCAAUUUGGUAUGCCACCUGGACAAGGAGGUCAGUUUGGAAUGCCGCCACCAGGACAACAAGGUCAGUUUGGAGGAGCACCUGGUCAGUUUGGAAGGCCGCCACAAAAUAUUGGUGGUUUUGGACCCACGCAACCACCUAGCUGGCAGACCACACGCAGUCCGACAGGGUCGACCGAUAAGGAUAUACAACAGAUUAUACUGUUGUUAGAAGCCCAACGGUUACAAAUCGAAGCCUUAAAGAACCAGAUAGGUGGUGCAAGUAUAACCAGUCAAAUGGGCGGCUUUGGAAAUAUACCACUUACCCUCGGACAGUCAACUAAUGCCCAGCUCCUAGGCCUAUCAGGACAAGGUGGUUCAACUGGUCUUGGAGGUCUGGGUGGUCUUGGCGGUCUUGGAUCUACAUUAUCAACAUUCGAACCAGCUGGACCACCGAAGAUAGAACAGAAACCUCAACCUCAAGCGUCCUCUAGUAACGAUCUGUUACUACAACAGUUGUUACAACAGAAUCAAAUGCUAAUGCAACAAAAUCAGCAAUUUCAAAACAAUAUGCUUACCGCGGCACAAGGUCAAGGUCAAUUUGGAGCAACAAGUGGUAAUUCAUUUAGCAGAGUGAAUAGAUCCAACGGGCCGAUCUUGAAUAGUGUGAAUCCAGGAACUGCGUUCAACCAAAAUAUAGGCCAAAGCAAUUUUCCACAAGCCCAGAAUAAUAAUUUAGGAAAUGGACUGAUGAAUGGGGGUACAAGUGCCGGUGGCUUUCCCAACACUGGACAAGGACUAGGAAACUUUGGUACGGGUAUAAAUAAUAAUGGAUUCAACAGUAUGCCAAACCAAGGAGCAAAUGCAUUUAGCUCUGGUAAUAUUGGUGGACAAGGUAUGCAAAACCCGUCAACCGGAGCGGCUUCAAUGCUUGGACAGUUUGGAGGUUCAAACCAAGGUGCGCCGGCUGGAGGAGUUGGUGCACCUAAUUCAGGAAUCGGUAACACAGGCGGAAUGACAAAUCAAGGUAGUGCCGGUGGAGCAGGAGGUCUGACCAGUAUGUUUGGAGGUUCAGGUGGAGGCGGAGCUAGUGGUCAAAGUGGCCCGCUUGCAGGCUUAAUGGGUGCCGGAGGAGGUGGAGGUGGAAAUGGCGGUUCGGAUCUUGGAAGCCUUAUGGGUAAUAUGCUGGGAGGUGGAAAUGCCGGCGCUAGUGGACAAAGUAAUCCUCUUGCAAGCUUAAUGGGUGGCGGAGGAGGCGGAGGAGGACCGGAUCUUGGAAGCCUUAUGGGAAAUAUGUUGGGAGGAGGUGGAAAUGGCGGAGGUGGUGGAAUGGAUAUCUCUAAAAUGCUUGGUAGCGUUGACGUGAAUGCCAUGCAAGGACUUUUAAGCGGUGAAGAGGGACAGGACUUGAUGAAAUCCGUCUCGGGAAUGCUAAGUGGACCGCAGGGUGGGGAUUUGAUGAAUGCGGUGAAUGGAAUGAUGUCAGGAAAUGGCAAUCCUGCGGACAUUAUGGGUUUAAUGGGCAGUAUGGAUGUAAACGAGCUACAGAAUAUGGCGAAACAAGCAGAAGGUAUCAUGGCAUCUUCAGGCAUUGACCCAGCACAAAUUCUAAGCAUGAUGGGAAAAAAAUAAACUGAUUAUUCUAUUAUUUGUAUAAACUAUUUUGUUAUAAAUAACAUGCGAAAAUAUCCCAUGAACAUUAUAUUGCAUCUACUUUUACCUAUUUAGUUAUGAGUGAAAAAUGGACCUGCCACAUCUUGGUUUCCUUUUUAUUUCUGAAUUUUAGAAACACAUUACUAGUUACAUGUAUAAGUGAAAUAUAUCAACUUAACAAAAGUUGAGUUUUUCAAUCCAGCAGUGAAAGUGUCUCCAUAUAUUGUGUAGUUAAGUAUAAUAUACUGUGUGGUAUUGUUAUAAAUGUGUGCUGUUGACUGUAUAAUUUAUUUUCUUUCUUCAAAGUCUUU